UUGUCCAAUACUUGUGCGCGUGUAUGAGCGAGGUCACGAGAAGGAGAAUCCCGGAUUCUCGGAUGAUCUUCUCUGCUCGGAAUCAACAGCGAAUCCCGAAGCUUCUGCCGAUCAGUCUUCAAAAGGUGAAACGAUAACGUAUCCGCGCAGAUGGGGUCAGGCCAAAAAAUUCCACCAAUCGAAGAUACACUACAGGGUCGCCGAGAAGAUAGCGUGUCCCACGUGUUCCAUGUGACGCUGCUCCCCGCAUGGGUCGCGUCGGAAUUGUGCAUUAGAUUCUUGGAAGUUAACACGAAUCUCUUGAACAAUUCGAGAAGAUUUAAUCUCUGGAACGCGGCUACGCAAGAAUUCGAUAAACUCGAGGCGCUAACGGAGAACGGAACUGCCUUUUGCAGUAUCGAUCAAGUGAGCGACGCGCGAGGAGAGACUCUCGCCGUCUCCGUAGAAGUCAUGUAUCCGUUCGUUAUCUUAGACCGGAGAACCAACAAACUCACAGGAUUCAUAGGAGAUAUCUGGACUAUCCUGGAAGGAUUAUUGAAAUUCAAGACAACUUACAGCAAGCUUAUCAAACAAGUUUAUCAAACGCCGAAGAAUAGAAUCGCCGACUUGAACAAAGGAGAUGUUCAUGCGAUACUGUCUGCCAUAGUAAUUUCCAGAAGUUCGUCGAAUACUUUCAUCUACAGUUCGCCGCUCACCGUCAACUCAUAUCAUCUGUUUGUUCGGUCGGAAGGCACGACAGUUGCCAAUUGGAUGUUUAUUAAUAUCUUUCGUUGGGACUUAUGGGUGACUCUUUUCGCAACUAUCUUUGGUAUUGCGUGCGUCAUCUUGGGAAUCAGCUAUAUAAAGAAACAUAUGAACAUUAGCGAUCUGGACGACGAGUUUGCUUCGCCAGUCUUCGCUUUUCUUUAUGUUUUGGCCGGCUUAAGCGGUCAAGGAUUUUCGAAAGUGCCGGAGAGCUCGUCGAUGCGAAUAAUAAUGAUAUUAUGCCUGAUGAUGGGAAUGAUCAUGAUGUACACGUUCAACAGUAGUCUCACUUCUUACUUGGCGAAUAAAGGACGCUUCCUUCCUCUUGCGAAUAUCGGCGAUGUACUGACAAAGAGAACACACUCGCUUUGCCUCAGAAACACAAGCAACGCAUACGCUUAUUUCACAGUCAAGAAUGAACCCGAGAGCGACCUUCAAGAUGAAUGGAAAGGACUGAUUAAUGCUAAAAAUUGUCCGGACAUGACGGAUACCGAAACUCUUGCUUCGAAAUUAUGUCGUCCGAGAGUCGCCUAUUUGGAAGGCGCGCAUGUAUUUCUACCCGUUUAUCACCAAGUUGAACACGUAUGCAACAUCGUGCAGGUUCCCGGUUCCUACUGGGAAGUGAUAUUGGUAUUUGUGCACAGCAGAUCGUCGCGAUACCGGCAACUCUUGAACAAUUAUUUGUUGCGUAUGCGUUCGGCUGGAAUAAUCAAGUACAUGGAGAAGAAGUGGAAGAUUCACGAAAGUCGCGGCCAAUCUGCUCACUUACAACCGAGCAGUUUUCAUCCGGUAGAGUACGAACACAUCGCCAAGAGCAUUAUUUUGUUCUCUUUUUUUAUAUUUAUCAGCGUGAUCAUAUGUAUUUUUGAAAACAUCUGGUAUAGAAAGACGCAGCGACAAUAUGGAGAAAAAAACGGCAUAUCAAUCUCGCUCGAGCAACCGAUGUACGGUUGCGGUCCGCGCGCAACAAAGAUUACGCCACGUCGGAGAUUACGGCCAAAAUGGCGCCGAAAGUCCGGUCCGAUAUUGUUAUCCAAAGAAAAACAACAAAUAUUUGCUUCGCAGUUUAUAAAGUAAUUAAAAAUCUCGGUGUGCGCGUGAUAAUAAAAACUGUAGCAUCUCACGACAAGAAAUAAAACGUUAUUCGCAAGAAUAUUUGCAAUCGCCAUUUUAUCGCUUGGUUUCUUAUCGGUUUCUUUCGAAUUAAGCAAUUUCGUUAUAUAAAGUAUAAUUCGCGAGAACGAACAUAUUGAUAACACAAUGUACGCUGUUUUUUCGGGCAGAGAUAAUCUCAGACGUCUUAUUAUCAAGUAUGUAAAUUAUAAAGACGGAGAAUAUAAAUUUCGUUUUAUCAGAGAACGCGUAAAAAAGAGUCACACUUUCCGUGCUCUUGGUUACUCAUUUUUUUUUUUUUUUUUUUUUAAUAUUUAACAUAAAACAUUACGUAUAUAUAUAUAUAUAACAUAUAUAUUAGAAUACAUAGCGCAUUUAACACAUGUUAAAUUACAGAAAAACAAAACUAAACACUGAUCUUGUCGUUGUCAAUUAUAUGGCUUUUCGCUUUACGCUUAUUUCAUGUUUUUGUUCGCUCAAAAAACUUAUCGUAUCACGCGAAGAAAACAUUAUUACACAACGGACACAGCGCAACGUACUCGCAUAACCGCAAAGAGAGACGACGCUCAUCUGUUGUAGCUUGCUGUUAUAUAGUACAGGAUAUGUAUAUAAUAUAAUAUUCACAAAUAUAAACAACGAACAUUUACAAAUGCAUUUUGCAUCGCCAUCAAGUAUAUAAGGCCUAUAUAAGAGAUCUUAUGUCGUUACUUAGAGAAACUUUGGCUUUGGUUUACAUGGUUCUUUUUUUUUUAUACCACACACACGUUGACUUUUCCGAUGCGCGAAGCAAGAGAGAAACCAACGACGAAUUAAGGAACAGUAGAUUACACGUAAGUCAUUCUUAAGUAUUUCUUUCUUCUUGUUAAGUUUUCCCCACUUUUCUCCCUGCCCCCCUCACCCCGUUGCUCCGUUACAUUAUUUCACGAAUCUCUCGAUCUAACAAGCUUUUUACCCCCGUAAUAGAAAAAAAAUUUUAGGAUUUCCCCGAGUCGAAAUUUAACGUCUAUAUUGAACCUCAAUUUUUUUU